UUCAAGUAUGAUCUUCUUUCAGGGCAACUUGCUGAACCUUAAAAAAUAGAAUACCGCCAAUUAAAUCCGAUUUUAAUUGAAUGCUGCCCCUUUUCACUCUCUUUUUUUUUCUUUUAACUUUUAAUAACUCUAAUGACAGACACAAAGCGCAAUUCACUUGAAGAAGUACCACCUCAAGUACCUACACACGACACAGAAGCAUCUAGACCCAUCAGUCGUUCCAAGACAGUACGCAACUUAAACUCGGCAGGAAGUAAAAUGAGAGGAUUGUUCAAGACAAAUAAAAAAGACACCAAAAAGAGUGAAGAUUCAGCAAGACCCCCUUUAUUUUCUUCGGCCUCGUAUGGUGGUCCAAGUACUGAACCUUAUCAAAAAAGAGAAAUGACAAACGAACCUACACAUGAAGAAGUCAUCAAACCCAUCCUUUCAUCUGAGGACAAUGAUUUUACACCUCAGCAACAAACACAACAAGCCAGUCUACAACACGAGCUAGACCAACUCAAUGAACUCAUCCAACAACGCACCACCGAAGUCCAAAACGAAAAGCGCAACAAAGACCGUCUUCAGGCAGACUUGGCUGAAGCAACCCGUAUUUUCAAAGAACGAGAAACGGAAUAUGCUGCUAUUGAACACAGCUUUUUUGAACACACACGUGCUAUUCGAGCCACAGACGAUGACUUGUCUACUAUUCGCGACUCCUUUAAACUCUUGAAAUACUCCAUUGCUCGUCUUAUCAUGACACUCAACAAAAAAGCAGACAAGGCCAAAGCAGCCACCAAGUUCUGUCAGACAUGGCCUCAUCUGCCUAUUUUGGAUCCUACCACGCAAGAACUCGAGCCAUCGUUGAUAAAUGUGUUGGCCGAGAAAUUGGUGCAUGAACAUUUAGUGAAGUGUGUGUUUACGUGUCCUAUCUAUCCUGGGCUCAAAGUGAACGAUGCUUAUUUUGCCUUGUUUGACUGGCUUCAACAACAUCAGUCUCAGUUCUCUGUUCGACUUAGACAACAAAUGGCUGCUGUGGUGGCCAAGAGUCGGCCCGAGAGCGAGAUCCAGCAGGCUGCUGCGAAAGAAAAGCAACUUGUGGCUCAAAAGAUCUAUGAUGAUCUAGCCGAGAUUUAUCAUCCUUUCUUGAGAGAAAACGAUGCUGCUGUGGAUGAAGAAAAGAGAUAUUAUGCCAAGAUUUGUGAUAUUGUGGAUAAAGCGCUCAAGUUGACCAUUGCCAUUCGUGGUCAAGAAGUCGAGAUCAAGACAGUGACCAUUGAAGAGAACAAUAAGCAGCCAUUUGAAGAAGAAACCAUGACAGAAGUCAAGGGAAGAAAUCAAGGCCUUGUUCGGUUCUGUAUAUGCCCUACCUUUAUGGGUGGGGAUCGUGAACAUGGUUUCCUUGAAAAGGGUAAAGUUGUUAUUUCUGGUUAAAUAAAGUUACACAUUACUUUUUUAUUAUUAUUAUUA